AUGGCCGAGCCGCUCAGCCUCAUUGCCAGCCUGAUUGCUGUAGCACAAAUCAGUGGGGAAAUUAUAUCACUCUGCUACAACUACAGAAGUGGCAUCAAAGGCGCUGAUGCAAAUGUUACACGACUCACGAGUGAAGUGAAAAGUGUACGAGACAUAAUCGAAAACUUGAUCAAGGUUGUCGAUGAACAACCUCCUCAAGACUCCCAGGUCGAAGCAAUCGCAUCGCUUGCCACUCCAGGCGGACCUCUAACUCAAGCCCUUGACGAGUUGCAACAAUUGGAAAUCAAAUUGAGACCUGCCAGUGGAUGGCGAGCCGUUGGUAAGCUGCUGAAGUGGCCACUGUCUGAGCCCGAAGUAGUCAAAACUCUCGACCGGAUCAACCGCCUGAAUACUACUCUUGCGCUUGCAGCCUCGACUGAUCAUUUGAAGAUUGCGAUAGCACAUCGGGCUGAGACAAAAGCUAUUAAAGAUGAUACGAGUGCGCUGCUUCAACAUCAAGACUCGACACAAGACAAGAAGGAUCGAAAGACCAUCUUCCAGUGGCUCAAUGCGCCCAAUGCCGAAACCAAUCUGAUUGUCGCGAGAUCAAAACGUUGCGCCUCAACGGGAGGAUGGAUCUUGAAUGACCCAAAUUACCAACGUUGGCUUGACACUCCGCAGAGCCUGCUAUGGGUUUCUGGUAUCCCCGGUGGUGGAAAAACAAUCUUAUGUGCGUCUAUGAUAGAGGACAUCGUAGCCAAAAACCCUCAAUCGCCCCGCACCGCGACUGUCUACUUCUUCGUCGACUCGAAUGACCACACCAAGCGCAAUGUUCUCGGGUUUCUAAAGAGUGUUCUACUCCAAUUGGCGGCUACAUCCCUCACCGUGUACUGGAAGCUCAAAUCCUAUCAUGACGAACUCGCCGAUAAGCAAAGCCAUCAGCAGGCUUCUCCACCAACAGAAGAUCGUCUUCUAGAAAUUUUCAAAGAUUCUAUCAUGUGUUAUCAAACGUUCUAUCUCAUAAUCGACGCCCUCGACGAGAGUUCAGCUGUGGAAGAUUUCCUUCACAUGGUCAAGAGCCUGAGAGAAAUAAACCACACUCAGAUUUGGCAACUAGUCACAAGCCGCCCAACAGGAAUUAUCACUAGUGCGAUGGAGUCAAUAUCACCAGUCAACAUCAGCCUUGAUUCUGCUGUUGUUCAGGUAGAUAUCGAGACCUAUGUGGAGCGUUCAGUCACAACAAUGGCACAUUCCAAAAAGUGGCCAAGCAAUCUAUCUUCUGAGGUACGAACAGAGUUAACGAACCGGGCUUGUGGAAUGUUCCGGUGGGUGGAUUGCCAGCUUGAAAGUCUACGUAAACUUCACAAACCCCUGGCAGUCCGCAAAUCGUUACGUUCAAUCCCGGCAACGCUCGAUGAAACAUACGAACGAUCGGUCGAAACAGUACCUGACGAUAAUCUGGAGGAUGCUCAAAUAUUACUGGAGUGGAUACUAGCAUCUUUCCGCCCUUUACGAUUGAAUGAGGUAUCAGAAGUCUUGGCUUUCGAUUGGGAGAUACCUCCUCAUUUCCACCAUAGUUACCGCCUGCCGAACCUUUCUGAUGUGUUUUCAAUCUGUGGCGACUUCUUCAUCGCCCUAGUCAACGAAGACAAGGACCAACUUUCAAUCGGUGUCGGAUUCGCCCAUUCUUCUGUCAGAGACUUUCUCCUUUCUGAACGUCGUCAACAAUGCCAGUCUCGGCUCGCCCUUUGUCUUCCUGAUGCACAUACUUGUAUGGCCAAGAUAUGUCUUACUUAUCUGCUUACCAUAACGGAUAGGAUAACGGACCCUAUCAAACUGAACGCCGACUUUCCUCUGUCCGAAUAUGCUGCGAGGUAUUGGGUUGAUCACUACCACGCCGCAAGUGACAAAACAUCUCUCGUACCUCUAGUUGUCAGCUUGUUGGAUGGAAGGCGAAAGAGCAACCUCAUAAAUUGCUUACAGCUUUGCGAAAACGAUAAGCGAUGGGAAUGGCAACAGGAUUCAGACGAAACCGCGUCGCCGAUUUACUAUGCCUCACUCAUGGGCUUGGCAGAGGUAGUUACUCAUAUGUUACAAUCCGGAGAAUCUCCGAAUGAGUUUCUCAGGUGGUACAAUCCUCCUCUCAGUGCUGCUGUCUCCAGCGGUUAUCUGCCCAUUGUUAAGCUGUUGUUAGAAUCAGGAGCAGAUCCAAAUUUGUGGCAUGAAUUUCAUGGUACCACUGCACUGAUAAAAUCAGCCGAACAUGGGCGCGACGAUAUUGUGAGAGCGCUACUUUAUCAUGGUACGAAAGUUGCUGCAGCUGUCCCAUUACUCAACACAGCCCUUACUGAAGCUGUCCAAAGAGGCCACCUAGGUACCGUUCGACUUCUGCUCGAUGCUGGAGCCAAUCCUUUGCAUGGCAAUGGCGUGGUAUUCUAUCAGAUGAUGAGGGAAGGACACACAGCCAUCUACCAGCUACUCAUGGAGAGAAUCCCCAGAGACAGGCGGCCAGUUUCUCUUUAUAGUGAUAUGGCUGUUCGUGCCAUAAGGUCGGGACACCCGGCGAUUACACAGCUGCUCUUCGAAAAUGGCGCCGUGGCUACAGAAAAAACACUAUGGGCGGCAGCUUUUGUGGGAAACAUCGAACUCGUUCGGGAACUACUUAGACAGGGUAUUGACGCGGCUGGUAUAGAGGAAUUCCGUCCUCUGCAAGAGGCCGCUGGAAGUGGGAGCCUAGAAGUUCUCGAGGAGCUACUUGCCACUGGCGUUGAUGUCAACGCCCAUGACGAGUAUGGAUCUACCGCACUUGCAGCUGCGGCUACUCAUGGCCAUGUCAGUAUCGUGCAGAAACUCGUCGACAGAGGUGCGAUCGAUAACGUCAGCCACGGUUACUCGAAUACUGCUUUACAUUAUGCAGCAUUAGGUGGCGAAACUUCAAUAGUGGAGACCCUUUUGCAAUACGGGCAGCUUACGAAUGUAUAUGGUACUGUAACAGGCCACAGCUCCGCAAACCUUUUUACGCUUGUGUUGCACGAUGCGUGCCAGUCUGAAAAAAUACCACUUGUGCAGAUGAUGCUUGAUCGAGGGGCCGAUGUAAACGCGAUCUCUGAAGAAUACCUAUCGCCGAUCUCAACUGCUCUGGGAUGCCGCAAUCGUGAUCUAGUGGAAUUGCUUCUGAACCACGGUGCAUCAGCCAAUGGAAGUGACGAAGAGUGGGAUUCUCCGUUGAUUGGCGCUGUUUAUACUGGUAUUCUUGAAAUUGUCAAGCUUCUGCUCAAUCGUGGAGCAGAUAUCAGUGAUGAGGUCAAAUCUGGUGCUUUAUUGAAAGCAGUAGACAGGGGAGAGGUCAAAAUGAUCACUCCACUGCUCAAAUCGCUCGAUCAGAAUUCAAAAUCUUAUUCCCAGAUGGAAAUUCGGGCCCUGGAAGAAGCAAUUUUUCGUCCGCCUCGACACAGGCGCCAGCAACCCGUGUUCGCAGAGUGCGUCAAAGUUUUUCUUGAUCAUGGGAUAGACCCCAAUACGCGCUUCAUCGGCUUGGGUCGUGAGUCUGCAACAGGCUUGGAUCGUGAGUCUAAACCUAAGCAUGCAAUACACCAUGCGGCGUGGCAUGGCAACAUCAAAACGAUACAAACACUUGCCGCAGCUGGAGCAGACAUUGAUGCCAAAACCGCUGAGGGCCUGACUGCUUUGCACGAAGCAUCAAGAACCGGUGAUUUUCGGCUCAUUAUGGCCCUUGUUGACGACAUGGGAGCUGAUCCUCGUCCAAAGCUCAUCGAUGGCAACGAGCCUAUUCACCUUGCGGCGCAGGAAGGCCGUGAAAUAGCCGUGAGGGUCUUGAUUGAGCGUGGAGCUGACGUCAACGUGCUCAACGGCAGAGGUUUAUCACCUCUACACAUGGCUGCUGAUAAUGCCAAGUGGGAGGCCGUUCAGACAUUGCUCUGGUUCGGGGCCGACCCUCGUCUUGAAACUUACGAAGCACGGUCGACACCAUUGGAAUUGGCAGAGACGCUCUUGCUAGGUCCCAGUCUGGAACCAAACUAUGACGGCUCUAGUGAGAUUUGGGAAUUUAAAGUUCAGAAGACAAUCCAAGUCCUGAAAAAACAUAUGUCCGCAGAGUGA